GUGUUUCCUCGGCCUUUCUUCCGCCCCGAUUAAAUUGCGCACCGUUUUGGCAAGACUCGUCGUAAUCCGUUUAUUUCUGUACAAACUGCGCUAAAGCAGCCUUCUCAAAAGUCGCAAUGCUCGCCACAGUCCGCAAACAGCUUAGGAGCCACCCAGCUCUCAUCCCCCUCUUCAUCUUCAUCGGUGGAGGGGUAACCAUGUCCAUGAUGUACCUCGCUCGUCUGGCCUUGAAAAACCCAGAUGUCUGCUGGGAUCGCAAGAACAACCCAGAGCCCUGGAACAAGCUGGGCCCAAAUUAUCAGUACAAGUUUUUCACGGUCAACAUGGACUACAGCAAGCUGAAGAAGGAUCGCCCCGAUUUCUAAAGAUCACAUCUGCUGGACCAAAAGCACAAAGAUGAGCUGAUCCGCACAGCCCCGUGUGAACUUAUGGGAUGCAGAGGCUAAACCCGCACAAUGAUUCAUAUUUAAGUUCCUCAUUGCGUCCCAUUGGCUUUUUUUGAAAUCUCGUCUGAUUUUUCUCAUUUUCAGUGGCUCUCAAUAAAGUAAAGGAGUCUUUUCUCCUCCAUACAGA